AUGGCUGUUUCACCAGAAAAAUACAGAAUUUCUAUUUUAAUGGAAGGUUAUUCCUAUGAAGACAAAGAUGGGACCUUUAGAGCAAAUGGGACAAGCACAUUGAUAACUGGACCAAAAAGAAUAAUUGUUGAUACAGGAAGCCCUCAUGACAAAGACAAAAUUAUGAAACGUCUGCAGGAUCACGGGCUAGCGCCAUCAGAUAUUGAUUAUGUUAUAUGUACACAUGGUCAUGUUGAUCAUGUCGGAAACCUAAAUUUAUUCCCCGAUGCAAAAUUUAUUGUUGGACAUGACAUCAUGGAUGGUGAUAGUUAUGCCGAACAUGAUUUUAAAGGUGGGAAUAUUUACAAGAUAGAUGAGAAUAUUGAGAUCAUUCCAACACCAGGGCACACACAUGCCGACGUCAGUGUGCUUGUUCGGUAUGCGGAAGAGUAUGGUACGGUUGUGGUGUGUGGUGACCUGUUUGAAAAGGAGCAUGACGAGAAUGAAUGGCAGAGUUUAAGUGAAUGUGUCAAACAACAAGAAGAAAAUCGUGCAAAAAUUUUACAAUUGGCAGAUUAUGUGAUCCCAGGGCAUGGUGCUAUGUUUGAAACAAGACAAAAAUAG